AUGGCCUUACGUGGGGAUGGGAGGAUGCUCGUUAUGCAAGUAAUGAUAUUGAUGAGACUGGUUGUAAAUCCAACAGCAGCAACAGCUCAAGCCCGGCCUAAUUGCCAAGACAAAUGUGGUAACCUCACAAUCCCAUACCCAUUUGGCAUGGGUGAAGGCUGUUACCUCCGACCAGAAUUCAACAUCACUUGUAAUCAAUCCGCCCAACCCCCGUCAGCCCACUGGAUGGGCGGUACGAACAGGAUUACUAACUUUUCUGUCGCUGAUGGCGAGUUGCAAAUAAUGCUAGACGUAGCCACGGCUUGUUAUGACGAUUCGGGUGAGGAAACAGAGGACAGCUCCUCUACUUGGCUAGAGCUGCCUCCUCCUUACAGCAUGUCCCAUACACAAAACAAUUUCACCACAGUUGGCUGUGACACUCUAGGAAUCUUUGUAGGUGAGCGCUCAGGGGAUGGAGGCCCAAAGAAAGAAAAGGUCAAAGCCGGCAACAGCGUCACCUUGUGUGGUGAUAUUCUUGGCGACGCACUUCCAGACUCUUGCUCUGGAUUUGGCUGUUCCCAAGCUUCCAUCCCUGGUGGACUGCGAAACAUUUCCACUUUUCUUCUAAGCCUGACCGUCGGCAAUCGAACGGGGAUUUAUAAUCCGUGGUACGCUAAGUACCCUUGCAGCUAUGCCUUCAUUGUGGAACAAAGCAACUUCUCAUUCAACCCCAACACAACUUUUCAAGAACUCAACAACUCAAGGCAGCUUCCAGCAGUUCUGAAUUGGGCAGUUGAGGGUGAGUCAUGUGAUGCAGCUCAACAGAACCCCAACUUUCCAUGCAAGGAAAAUACCAAGUGUGUUGAACGGACGACCAUCGGUGGUCCGCCUGCUUACAUUUGCCAGUGCUCGUCAGGUUAUCUAGGGAACCCGUACCUCCCAGAUAGUUGCCAAGAUAUUGAUGAGUGCAAGGAUUCAAACCCCUGCAGUAUUGGAACGUGCAUAAAUUUUUCUGGAGAUUAUUCUUGUAAAUGUCCCAAAGGGUACAAAAACGACGACAAGAAUCAAAAGAGUUGCAUCGAACACAAUCCCAGCAAUCGAUGGAAGAUCAUUCUCCUGCCUGUUAUUUCAUUGGGUGUCAGUGCAGGCCUCUUGGUUUUACUAAUUGGAAUUUCAUGGAUAUAUUGGGGAAUGCAUAGAAGAAAGAUCAUGAAACUCAAAGAAAAAUACUUUAAAGAAAAUGGUGGUUUAUUGUUACAACAACAACUUGCUAUUCAAGGAAGCCCCAUGGAGACAACAAAAAUCUUUACGGCAGAAGAACUUGAGAAGGCCACAAACAAUUACCACGAAAGUCGAGUCCUUGGUGAAGGAGGAUAUGGAACGGUUUACAAAGGAGUAUUACCAGAUAACAAAGUGGUUGCCAUAAAGAAGUCCAAAAUUGGCGUCUCAACUCAGAAGGAGCAGUUUGUUAAUGAGAUGAUUGUUCUUUCUCAAAUCAAACAUAUAAAUGUGGUGAGGCUAUUGGGUUGCUGUUUAGAGACACCCGUGCCUUUACUAGUUUACGAGUUCAUCACCAAUGGCACUCUUUUUGAGCACAUUCAUAAUACAAAGGGCAAAGGAUCUCCGCUUUCAUGGCAAUUACGAUUGAAGAUAGCAGCAGAAACUGCAGGAGCACUAGCGUACUUACACUUCUCUACUUCCAUGCCAAUCAUACACAGAGAUGUGAAAACAACUAACAUACUAUUAGAUGGGAAUUACAGAACAAAAGUGUCAGACUUUGGAGCUUCAAAAUUGAUUCCACUGGAUCAAACUCAACUAACAACUUUAGUUCAAGGGACGCUCGGAUACUUAGACCCUGAGUACUUCUGUUCAAGUCAACUAACAGAAAAGAGUGACGUUUACAGCUUUGGAGUUGUCCUUAUGGAGCUACUAACAAGCAAAGUGGCACUUUCUUUUGACAGGCCUGAGAAAGAGAGAAACCUAGCGAGCUUCUUUGUUUGGUCAAUGGAGGCGGAUCUCUUGAAUCAAAUUCUUGAUGAUGAAAUAGUCAAGGAGGGAAAUAUUGAGACACUAAAAAACAUGGCCGAUCUCGCAAGAAGGUGUGUAAAGUUAAAAGGGGAGGAUAGGCCUACCAUGAAGGAAGUAGCAAUGGAGCUAGAGGGAAUGAGAAUUAUGGCAAAGCAUCCAUGGGGGAAAGCUGAUUGUCCAGAGGAGACCGAGUACUUGCUUGGGUCAGCUAAGUCAUAUUGUGCUAGAGGAUAUGACAGCAUGCAAAUCCAGAUGUUAAUGCCAUAUGGUAAUGGUCGAUAG